UACUCCCCUUCUUCUUGGUUUGCUUGCCCCAUCUCUACCGCAAGUGUUCCUGCAGCCAUUGCUUUGAUCCGACCUCGGAGGCCGCACUGAUGGCUGAAGGGAGUGCCUAUUUCGAUUGGGACGUGGCGGCCUCGGCGGCCGGGAACCAGUACACGAGCUCCGGGCAUGGUGGUGUUUCACAACACUUCGUCCAUAAUGAUGGUAGUGCUCCAGCCAGGGUGGUCGUCUUCCCGGGCGCCAGAUCAAGAGCUUCUGGUGGCAUCAACAUGAUGGAUCCCACCAGGUUCUCCAGCUACGGGAUCAGCGACGCCCCUACGGCAAUCGUGGCACCUGCUCGGGUCCCGCCGCGUGCCAGAUCCAAGGGCCAGCGGCUGACACAGUUCAAAGGGUCGUGGACCGUGGAGGAAGAUACGCUGCUCAGGGCGAAGGUGCAAGAGUUCGGCAUAGGGAGGUGGACGAAGGUUGCGAUGUACCUCCCCGGACGGAGCGGGAAGCAGUGCCGGGAGAGAUGGGUCAACCAACUUGACCCCAACAUUGAGAGAAAAAUCUGGACCGACUCAGAAGACAUGAAGCUGAUCGAGUUGCAUCAGACCUGGGGGAACCGUUGGUCGGUGAUCGCCCGGCUACUCUCUGGACGGCCAGAGAACGCCGUCAAGAACCACUAUCAUGCCACCAAGCGCAGUCUGAAUGCAAAGCGCCAGCUCAAGAAGAGGAACAACAAGCAACCACCUCCUGGCCAGCUCUCCCUUCUUGCGGAGUACAUCCAUAGCCUGGAGCCACACACUGGAUCACCCAUGGAGACACCUCCAGUGUCCCCACUGUUGUAUCAUGACCAAGAGCAUGGUGGGCAGAUGGGGAUGGCCGGUAGAGACGUCGCCGUCGUCAUCACCCCUACUACACAGGCGCACCCGACCUACCCCAAUUCGGCCAUGACUGGUAUGUACUACCACCCAAACCCGGCCAACAUGCAGUACUGGGCGCCGGAUUUGAAUGUUGCUGACAGGCAGAACGAGGGGUACUCGUACUACAUCCCUCCCAGUGCGCACCUGAACCACCACCUGUGCUAUGGUUUGUCACCGACGCAGAUGGUUAGUGAGCAAGACAUGCAGCAGGCGGCCAAAGCGAGCAUGAACAUGUCUGCGUUCACUGGACAACAUACCCUCCCGGCGAGCAACCUCAAGGCGGUGGCAGAGAUGCACCGUGAGUCCUCCUCCAACAACCAACUGGGCAACGUGAGUGGUGGAGCUAGCGAUUGGUCCUACUACUAUGGCAUGGACGAGGUUGGUCCGAGCGGCCCUGCUGGAGGUACCGGUAGCGGUAGCAACCCUGAUGACAUCGACGUGGUGCAGAUGGCCCCGAGGGAGUUUUCCGCGUAGGACCGGGAAGUGGUCACCCUCAAUCGAGUGACUAGAUUCAAGUGAGACAUACAUGUCACUGGAGGAUUUCAUGUCUAAGGAGAACAAUGAGAUUGUAUGUGUGUUGUGCUUAUGUACUUUGUUUGAUCGAGUAUUUUGCAAAGGUACUUUAUGUGGUC